AAUUAUGAGUUAUUGUAAACAAAUACGUAAAAGCAAAGCACCAUUUCAACAGAUAUUCAUUAACUUAGAUAUAUCCUGCUAAUUUGACUUCUAAAUAUGCAAUCAUCGAUACAAAUGGUGAUUUUUAAAUUUCGUCGUAAUAGUAUCUGUAUUACUAUUGAAUAACCUUUUUGCGUAUGUUCGAUUUUUUGGUAUGAGAAUAUGUGACAUUUUUAACUGAAGACCACCACAUGCUAUCAGAAAGUUAGUUAAUAUCACAAGGUAAUUGCAGCCUCAUGCCCCAGGUUAGUUAAUAUUUUAUCUGAUAAGCUAAUGUUUUCAUAGGAAAGCACAUGCACCGAGAUAACAUACACGGAUAUGUAUUAUUUUCCAUAGACUCAUAAAUCCUUCGUAGGAGCAUGUGUACGCUAUGCACAUAAUUAUAAUCCAAUAUAUUUGGAAUCCGACCUUGUAUGAGUAUAUUUACUAUGCAAAUAAGCUUUUGAAGUUCACAGAUAUUGAGGAGACGUAUUAAUUCGAGGACCCUUUAUUUCGUGAUUUAUCAUUUAUGAUUCAACAUUUCAGUCAGUCUAGUAAUUUUUCCAAAUACCAUUGUGCAAAGAGAUUGUGGAUUUUGCAGGUUGUACUGCAGAAAUUAUCUAUAUCCUGAUAGACCUGUUGCAGGGUCAGGGGACAAACAGGGUCAUUGACAAGAAGUGGCAAUACUGCUGGAGUAGGAAGUAGGUCCAAAAAUAACAAGUUCCUACAAGUAUAGAUACCAAAACGUCUACGCCAAUCUGAUGAUACUAAACAAGAGCAAAACGUGGAUAUUAUUCAAAUAACGCUAUAGUGAGGUACAUACAUACAGGUCAAGCUACAAUACAAGCGUGUUAAUAAUAAGAGCGACCCUUCGUAGAAACAUGUAUUCCUGUAAGAAAGACGAUCAAGCUCAUCAGAAGUAUCGUCUCCAACGGUGAUUUUUAUAACCAAAAGCCCGUUUCCCUGCACCUGCUGCCACUGUGCCGAAGACCUAAGAGCGUCGCUAUAAAACCGAGCCGAAGAGUUCAUCAGCUCCAGUCCAUCGUCCAUAGUCAUGUUGAUAAAAAGUUUAGUCCUGCUGAGCGUCUCCUUAGCCGUGGCCCGAACGGCCAGGCUGCCCCGGAAUAUUCCUGUCGAGGUUCGGUACGAAGAAAUCACCGGAAAGGACCUACAGCAGCAGGAAAGCGCGCUUCAAAAAGAAAACGCGCCCCAGCAGGAAGGUGAUCUGCAGGAGAUCGGGUGCGGCAGGGAGGAAAUCCUGCAGAAGGCGAAGGGUCAGCAGGAUGGGGCACCCGCUCAGGCUAUCAUUGCUACGGUUACUGAGGAUCUGGGGAGCGUUAGGGAUUCGUUGGCACAGGAGACCUUGAAAGAAGAAAUAUCUUCGGUACAACCAGAGAAAACGACCAAUCUUCCAGAACAAAAUGCAGAGAUUCUUCCCGCUUCGAGUCCAAUAAAAAAUCUGGAAGAAAAACCCCAACUAUCCACCAAGGAGCAAAAAGAAGCUUUAAAGCAUCUGCCAGCACCAGAAGACAGAAUUAGCCUUAAGCAGCUAGGUGGCAGCAGCUCCGGCAGCCAUAGUCAGCUAGACGAACUCCAGAACGUGAUCAAGCAAGCCCGUGACAUCGUAUCCAGCGGCCUUAAUAGAAUCAAGGACUUUAAGCCUGAUAAGGGACAAAUUUCAUUAAACCUUCAGCAAUGGGCUGAACUAGAGAAAGCUGUGGACGAAUAUUUCGAUGAACAAAAGACGAAACUCUCUUUGAAACAGUCUACGAAUACGACAAGUCAAAACUUCUUCGCUAAUUUAGCGAAUGGGUUCCAAACCAUUGCUAAUAAUUUUGUUCAAAGCAUCCAAGGUGCCCCAGGUGCAAGCAACUCCACUUCUUCCGAUGAGGCAGGUGGUAGCGGUAGUAGUCCUGGAGGAUGGCAAGGAUUCGUCAGCUUUUUCCAAGGAGGUAUCCAAACUAUAUCAAAUUCAAUAAACAACCUAGGGCAAAGCUCCACAACGUCAAACACGGUUUUAGGCGAUUCACCCAGUACAGAAUCACAAGGAAUUUUUGGCAACUUUGUGAAUAACAUCCAACAAGGAGUCCAGACAUUUAUUGGACAGAUACAAGGCAGUGGCCAAGCACCAGGUGGAACACAAGGUGAUCCUGGAACCAACGCCACAUCAUCUAACCAGGGACCAAUUCAGACUGGCAUACAACAAAUAGGAACGGCCAUAAGUAACUUUAUCCAGAACAACAGGCCUCCAGGUGCUCCUGGUGAUGAAGCUACGGGUGGAAACAACACCAACUUCGUCCAAACAAUUGGCCAGAAUAUCGGAAAUGCCAUCCAGCAAUUCAAUCCAUUCAGACCAGGACAGCAAGGAGGUCAGGGCGGUCAGCAAGGAGCUCAGGGAGGUCUGCCGCAACUACCUCAAAUACCGGGAACUCAGGGCCAAAAUCCUGCGGAGGGCAUUCAACAAGGUAUCCAAAACAUAGGAAGUCAAAUCCAGCAACUAACACCAGGUCAACAACAACAGCCUUCCACUGAAGCUUCCAAAACGCCUGAAAGCUCUGCCAAGCCCGAUGCAAUCGCAGAAAAUCAACAGCAACAGGCUCAACAAUCUCAGGCUCAACAACAGAACGAAGCAACAGAGCCAAAACCAGCAGCAAGAGGUGGACUGAGUCCACCGGUGGUAGGGGAAAAUUCAGGGAAACAAGAGACACUCGUGACUGUCGAAUAAACGCCAUAUUAGUACGUAAGCUUGGAAAGCGUUCCGCGUUAGCUUUUUAUUUAUUGUAAAUUAUUUAUUAGGAUGAAUAAAAUUCUCUACAAAUUUU